AUGUACCCUUACGAGCAGAUACUCCAGUACAAUCCCGUCCGAAGAGCACAUUUUCUAGAGAGUAUCAAAAUCAGCACAGCCCGGCUCAACUAUGUUCUCAUGAGCGCGAGCGGCAUCGAGACUUUCACGUCUGGCGAGCUGACCUCCCCAGGGCUUGUGUUCUGGCUUUCGCAUGUCUGCAGCGUCGUCAACGACCAUCUCUCGGAUCGUAAAAUGGGCUGGGAGCUCGACGAAGGGAUCCUCGAGUGCGUGGCAACGAUGGCCAUAUUUGGAUACAGCGGGGGAAGGGCAGAUCAUUGGAAUGUUCACAUGAACGGUCACAAGCAGUUGACCGAGCUCCACGGGGGUAUGCAACGGAGCUGGGGCUAUCUCUUGAACAGCAUUCGAAGAGCCGACGUUAGAGGGGCUGCCGCAUUGGGUCUUACGCCGCAUCUUGACUAUCACAGAUUCUUCGAAGCACCAAGCAAGAUGUUAUCUUUGCGUUUGCGAACAGAGAUCUCCCGGGAUAUGUCGGGGAUUCUUUACUGUUGCGGUGUUCAAACAAACGUCGUAAACGCCAUGACUUCAAUGUCGCUUUUCGCCGGCGUCCUCCGUGCGGCUUCUUCCAGCCCCACUCGCGAGAUGUUGUUUGAUCCCGAAGCCUUCAUUGAGGAGUGGCUUUGGUGCGAGUAUCAGCUCGUCAAAUAUCCUGGCCCGCUGCGUUCCGACUGCUCGAGCGCCUGCCGGAGACUUCCCGAUAAGUUGUACAUAGCUGCCGAUCUCGGCAGCUCCGAAGCAGUCGCCGAAGUGAUGGUAGAGACUCUACGCGCGCAGCCUGUGCCGCCGCUCGUGGGCAAUCUCCUCGAGUCCGCACUGCGUGCCGCGGCCAUUAUGUACAUCGAGGUGCUGGUGCCGGACGAGCCUGGCAGCCCCCUCGCACACGCGAUUCUGUUGAACCUUCUGUCCGCUUUGGUUCAAACCAUCGUCCAAUGCCUCCAGGAGCGACAGUCCAAGACGCGAAAUGAAAAGCCGCGGGGAAACAGCUGCGACGACGACGACGACGACGACGACUGCCUCCCAUCGACAGCGACGUCAAAGCCGGUGCUGAUAUGGAUCUGCAUCGUCGGAUUCGUCGUCUCGAAACUCUACGAGACGGACCUCGCCGCGCGGGGCAUACUGUUCGACCGGGCCUGCUACGGGCAGUGCCUCGCUAUGAUUGUGGGGCUGGAGCCUGAGGACGUCGACCGGCUCCGGGACGAAGACCUCGCGCUCUGCAGAGUCCUCGACGCGAGGGGGCUACGGAUCCAACCGUGCGAUGAGAGAGUUAUCCUGAAAGGCCUGCUGAACGAGCAUUUAUACGGCGUCCCGGCGCGUGACUUGACGUCCGUGUGA